GAGCGACAAAGCAUCUGUCCCUCCAGACCGUUCUUCCCCAUCGUGACGCACGCUCUGGAUGGACGCUCGGAUGGAGAAAUACGCGAUGGACGUCGCCACUGACCCUCCGGGUACCUGGUCUCCCCUCGGAAAGUCAGUUGCACAAGACCGUGUUUACUGGGCGCAAACCCAGUACUCAUUUACCGACGUACUACAGAAGGAGGCAGAGGCGGACCGUACAGAACUACGUGCACAACAUCCGUCAGACAUGAUGGACGAAGAGCCGUACAAUCCGUACCCAGGAUUUGAACUAGAUCGUGACCGCCCGCGGCCUCGGCCAGCCCACGGCAGUGUACAACAGGAUCCACGAAAAGUUCGACCGGGCACCCCAGAUACUCCUCCGAGCAUAUCACACUCCUCCUACCGCCCAGAGCAAAGGCACCACCGUGAACAGCGGGAACUGGCACGGCGGUCGCGGGUCGACGAUAGGAGGACUACGAGAAGCGCUGGACCUGCUGCGGGCGCCCAUUGUUCAACUGUGCCAUCCGUACGGCAUGGUGUACGCCGUGGAAGCAGCGGCAAAGUCAGCAAAACCAUUGCCAAACGGAAGCCGCAUCGUGGGCGAUCCGCAACCCCGGCUGGAGACGACGGUGCGGAUGCGAUGGUCACAGACUCAGACUCGGUGCUCUACUCGAAGGCGCGCGCACAAACCAGUGGCACACGCGUCCCGACGUCGAAGCCGAGUGCCCCACCAGUACCGAUCGAACCGCCCGCACAAUGGCCCUCUCAAAAGACUCCCCCCGGCCUGGCUAUUGUUGCAUUCACCGCGUCUCCUGCGGGCCCGUCCACCUCACCACCGCGCAACUCACCACCGUUCCUACCCGUCACUCCGCCCGCGGACGACCCUCGACCCACGCACCGCAAGGGCACCGCCGUCGCUCCGUCCUCUACACCACCCCUCUCUGCUCCCCGGUCUCGGUCUACGCGGCCCACUUCGGAACGGCCUGUGCGGAAGGAUGUUAGGUUAGGCUUGGGUAGGAAAGUAAUGUCCGCGGUAUACACGCCCUCGCAAACCCUGCCUUUGAAGCAGAAGCCGUUCAAGGCGCCUCUCGUCCGGCCGCACCCGGCCAAAGCAGCCCCCGAGACCAUUCUCCAGCCCCAUCCCGCGCAUCGGCCUGCGCCAACCCCUCUUGUCACGACCGCCCGCGCGAGUCUGCCUAAGAAUGCGGCCCCCAUCACGCCGGAGGAUUCGCAGCCGCGCCUCCUAAGGAGCUCUGCGGAUGACGAGGAUGAAGAUAUGGAGGAGACGAAGGAGGCGGACUCGAGCUACGGAGAGCUCGGUAUUGACCCUGAAGCUGUGGAGGAGGCGAUGAAACCGCACGACUAGAUAUGACAUCGAAACUUGCAUGCAUUUGUAUGAAGUCUCCUCUAAUUUCUCAGGAAUGUACUUAUGUCCCUCGUAAAUCCGUACUGUAGA